UUUCCACACCUCCACACCUUGUCUGCAGCUGGGAAUUUGCCUGGCCUAUGUGGCCACGCUUCCCGUUAUCGCAGGCACGUGCUUCGUGCAGUCAAGAACGCAAAAAUCUUAACUACGCUUGACGGCAUCGAUUUUCAGCCACAGAAUACUGAUGCCUAUUACGCUGAUCGCGCCGGAGGAGAGUUGAGCGGGGAUGAGCGGACACGAGCGCGGCAACAGCGACUUGAAGCCUUUUUUAAAGCAGCAGAG